AACAGCUCUGACUGCUGGAAUUGAUUGUACUGAACAUUGUACCGAACAGGUAGCAUUAAAAGUUGAAGUUGUCCACAUUUAGGACGGCGUUUAUUUGAAUACCAUUUUCUUUUGAUACAUGUAUUUGAUUCUGUAAUGUACAGUUGAAACUCUUAGCCGAUCAAUUACUGGUUUUGUCGUUGUACCUAGGUCAAACUUCCAUUACUGAAAAUCGAAAAGUCAUUGAGGGUCACAUCGAUAAAAAGUGUAUUGUGUGUGUCGACGCGUUGUUUUUUUAUUGCUGAGUAAAUUCCAAAGUCCACUGAUUCCUUCAAUCAAAGACUGAACGCUACUUCACAUUGGUUGUUAAGUUUUGAUCAUUCUACUACAACUGGUUGCCUGUAUUGAUUUUAAAAAUAGUGUUGCUUCUGAAAUGAAUCGUGAUACCAUUUAUCAUUUGCAAGAAGGAAGUAAGGAAUCUACUUUCUGCUACGAUGAAUCGCUGCCUGCUCUUCCGUUGCCGAAACUGGAGGAUACUCUCAAACGGUACUUUGAAUCAUUGAAACCAUUCGGAACUGCUGAGGAACUUAAGCACACAGCGAAUAUUAUCGAAAAGUUCAAAAAUGGCAUUGGCGCCGAACUACAUCGUUGCCUUGAAGAGAAAUCCAAACACGAGAAGAACUGGGUUGACAAAUGGUGGGAGGAUUACGCCUAUCUAACCUUGCGCAUGCCACUGAUGCCGUAUUGUGUAAUGGCACAACCUUUGAUAUUCGAAGCCGUAGGACUUGACCCUAUUCCGGAGAAUUUUUUGAAAAGUGCUGCCAUAUGCUGUUCCAUCAAUAUGCGUUUCUGGAAACUGCUACGAACGGAAAAACUGCGCCCUAUUGUUAGCGUCGAUAAGAAGACGAAAUUUUCUUCAGAUCUUUAUAAACGAUUAUUCAAUACGGUACGAACACCGGGCCUAGAAAUGGAUAAAAUAGUAAGCUACUUCAAAACAGAGAAGGAAGGCCAUUGCCCUUCGCAUAUAUUGGUAAUCUACAAAGGAAGAAUGUUCAAAAUUGAAGGUCUUUUCGAAAAUGGUGAAAUUUUGGCGCCACAAGACUUCCUUUUAUGUUUCCAGCAAAUCCAAUAUCGUGUAGACAGUGAGAAUGUCAACGAUGCAGAUGUACCUGUAUUAACUAACGACGAUAGAACAUCAUGGGCUCGCAACAGAACUCACCUGCUGGAAUUGUCCGAGAACAAUCGAAACGUCAUGAAGGACGUAGAGAGUGCCAUUUCUUUAUUUUCAUUGGACACAAAUUGUCCCGACAACCAUUCAGAAGUGGCUGCCAUUACAUUAGCAGGCGAUUUACAUUCCAGGUGGGCGGAUAAAAGUUGUGCUACAGUGUGUUUCAAGAAUGGUAGAAUGGGUUGUAUUGGCGAGCACUCCUGCUACGAUGGAACGAUUUCCGUUUCAAUGAGCCUUUACGCUAUGCUCAGCGUAUUCGAAGAUGGCAUUCCAGAUUGGACAGUACCCCCGAGAAAAUUGGUUCAGCCCGUAGAACUAGUAUUUGAUUUGGAUGACCAAAUUCGAACAGAAAUUGUUCGAAUGAAAGACGUUUCUGAUAAAGUGCAAAACUGUGUUGCAGUUACCGUAGAUCAAUUCGUUGGGUAUGGAAAAGAGUACAUGAAAUCACAGAAAAUCCACCCGGAUUCCUGGAUCCAGACUGCUCUAUUGUUGGCUUAUUAUAGGCUUCAUGGAACCUUUGCUCCGACAUAUGAGACGGCAAUGAUGCGGCAGUACUAUAAAGGAAGGACCGAAACUUGUCGCUCAUGUAGCAUGGAUUCUGUGAAUUUUAUAAAAGCCAUGGAAAACCCACAUGAAAAAGCUAGUAAUAAAGCGAAGCUUUUCCGUACUGCCGCCAAUCGUCAGAUGGGGCUCAUGAAUGAAGCUAGAAAGGGGAAUGGUAUUGAUAGACAUCUUUUUGGACUGUGGUGUGUUGCUUACGAUCAAGGUCUUCCUGUACAUGAGCUGUACGAUGACCCAUUGUAUAGCAAAAGCGGCGGCGGUGGAAAUUUUAUCUUAUCCACGAGUACUUUGGGAUUCACAAUUAACUGCGGCUUUGUGGCUCCCAUGUGCAUGGAUGGCUACGGUUGCUUUUAUUCGAUGCUCAGUGACAAUAUAUGGUCCAUAAUCACCGCUUACAAAGAUUCGGAAGUCACAAGCUGUCACAAAAUGCGUGCUGCGCUCCAUCAGGUGUUGGAGGACAUCAGAAACGUCCUGGAUACGGAUGCUAAAGCCAAUCUUUAAACGAAAUAAAGUGAUUUUUCAUUCAGGGGCAUUGAACAAUUCCAGCGGUAUUAGGUAUUUUUUUUGUAUAGUAAAUAAAUCGGUGAAAUGCUUUUUAUCACUUUUUAAAAAUA